CUGCAAGCAAAGUCCCAGCACACUCCUUUGAGAAGCUGCACAGAAAUGCUGGCGCUAAGCUUCAUUGCCUUCUUGCUCUGCCUCCUGGUUGUCCAAAUGGUGAGGCUGCAGUUUCGAAGAAGGCACUAUCCACCAGGGCCGAUGCCUCUGCCUUUCAUUGGAUGCUUAUGGAACCCCAAAUUUCUUCAACUAAACCGGGAACACUUGACUGAGAUGUCGAAAAUCUACGGGAAUAUCUUCACGUUUUGGUUUGGGAAGUACCCUGUGAUUGUAUUACAAGGUUUCCAAGCAGUGAAGGAGGGUCUCAUCACCCACUCUGAAGAUCUUUCUGGCCGGCCUUUGCUCCCCUUUUUUAAAGCAGUGGCGAAUAAUAAAGGGAUUCUGCUUUCCACGGGUCGAACCUGGAAGCACCAAAGGCGAUUUUCAAUGGCGACUCUGAAGGUCCUCGGCAUGGGGAAGAGCUCUCUGCAGUAUCAGAUCCAAGAGGAAGCACAGAAUUUGGUGGAGGAGUUCAGGAAAAGUGAAGGAAAACCCAUGAAUCCUUAUUUGGCCCUAACCCUUGCGGUUUCCAACGUGAUUUGUGUCAUGGUGUUUGGAUAUCGUUUUUCCAUAGAAGACAAGACUUUUCAUACUCUGCUGGAAUCCAUGGAGAUACUUUUCAGAGUUGCUGGCAGUUUCACGGGUCACCUGUACAAUAUGCUUCCCUGGCUUAUGCCGUAUGUCCCAGGACCUCACAGGAGGGCAUUAUUCUUGCGUGACUUUGUUUGGUCAUUCAUAAGAGAGGAAAUCAAGAAGCACCAAGAAGCAGACCAUGGAGAAAAAGGCCAAGACUUCAUUCAUUUUUACCUGGCUCAAAUAGAGAAAACGAAGAACCACCCCGAACCUCGCUAUGACGAAAAGAACAUGGUUCAGAGCAUCUUUGAUCUCUUUAUGGGGGGAACAGAGACAUCGGGAACCACUCUCUACUGGGGAUUGUUGUAUAUGGUGCUUUAUCCUGACAUUCAAGCCAAAGUUCAAAAGGAAAUCGAUAGCUUUCUACCACCGGGCCAAACAAUCUGUUAUGAGGAUCGCAAGAAUCUUCCGUACACAAAUGCGGUGGUGCAUGAAAUCCAGCGCUUUAGCAACAUCGUCUCGAUCGGAAUGCCCAGAUACUGCAUAAGAGAUACGAUGAUUCGGAAUUUUCACAUUAGAAAGGGCACCACCUUUAUCCCGAACACGGCUUCUGCCUUGUAUGAUGCCAACGAGUGGGAGACACCCCUCGCCUUCAACCCAAACCAUUUCCUCGACAAGGAAGGCAAUUUUAUCUGUCGAGAAGCAUUCAUCCCAUUUUCUCUAGGUCAUCGAGCAUGUUUGGGAGAAAAUUUGGCAAAAACAGAGAUGUUCCUUUUCUUUACCAACCUUGUGCAAGCGUUCAAUUUCCACUUGGCCGACGGAUCAAAAGAUAUAAAGCUUGACGCGAUCUGGGGAAGCACUCUGCAUCCUCAUUUCUUUGAGAUCUGUGCAAUUCCUCGCUAGGCCACUAUGCCAGGUCUGUCUAGCAGCUGUAGUGCCUAUGGAUUGGCUGGAUUUGAAAUGGAUGGUUGGACACUGGGGGGGGGGGGUGGAGACCUGAAUGUAAUCAUUUGCGCGGGAAAUCAUCAGACCUUGCUUUGCUCUACUAACUUUCAAUAAAAGUUCCUUUUGAAACAAUGCCUGUUUCAAGAGUUCUGCUUUCUUGGGAGAUCUAGCUGCGGCAGAUCCUUACAUCUACUGUGAAAUGUUACGAAAACUCAGACGAACCAUCCAUAAAAAGCGUUGGGACUUUGGAUAAGAAAGUGGGAAUUACUUUAGUAGAUGAACAUUUGGUAAUCCAGAUCAAGGAUCAGAAAUAUGCCCAUAUUAAAAGAAUUUACAAUGAGUUAAUAAAAUUGGAUUCAGAAACAGUGUUAGUAAAAGAUUGUAUGAUUAAAUGGGCCCAGAAUAUUCAGGAACCGAUUUCAUUGGAUUUAUGGGAGGUGAUUUGGACCAGAAAUGCUAAAUUUAUGCAGGCCCAAAAUUUGAGGGAAAAUUUUUAUAAAAUGUUUUAUAGAUGGCAUCUGGAUCCUAAAAAGUUGUCCUGUAUGUACCCGAAACUGCAACCUAAAUGUUGGAGAUGUGGUUGCU